AACGCUAGCAACAGAAGGAGCAUCGUCAAUGCUUCACGCAAGACGACGCUGAAGUUAAAGUGCAAAGCGCCAGCCGACUUAACCGCUCAAGCCACCUGUUCUGGACAAUAGACCUCAUUUGAAAAUCAAGUCGGAAAUCGCCAUCACGAAAAAGAAAGCCUGAGACCAGAACGCCAUGCAGCGUGCAUGCUUACUGCGCAGAAGUUCCGUCUAGCCUAGACCAUGUCGUCGUGCUCCAGACUGCGCACUUUCUUGUGGAGAAGACUCUUUCUGCAGACGAUCAGGCGCCACUAUCUGUCGCUGCUGGCGGAAAUAGUGUUCGUUCUGGUUGUGUUCGCCUUCAUUCUCGGCAACGACCGCGUCAACCUGGCCUGCGUCAAGAAGAUCAAUGCCUCAUACGCUGAAGAUGUGACGCGCGAGGCCUUUGACAUGGUGAACGCUCGUCGCCAGUUGGCUGUUGUGUAUGGCCCCAGUAACGACAGAACGGACAAGCUGGUUAAAAGGUUGUUAGACUGGAUCAAGGGUGAUGUUAUAGUAGAAGGCUAUGAGUAUUCCAAGGAAAGACAGGGUUACGACCAGACCGGGUCCGAAACCUCAAUCGAUUCACCGAGUUAUCAUGGACCUAUACCACUUGAGGACGCAGGCUCCGUUGUAACUGGGUGUCGAAGUAGAAUAAUCAAGUACAUCAACAAUGAUCCGAACUCGUACUAUGAUGCCGCAUCGCAUACAAUGUGUAUCGAGUUUGCAGCUGACUCCACCCAUGAAGUUUCCACCGGGAGCCUCACUUACAACAUCGUGCUGCCUGUUCCGCCAGAUUUCACGUUUCCACAAGGAGUGCUGUACAGCAUGCAUGAGAUCGUCAAAAAAUCAGAAAUACUAUCCACCACUAAUGACAUGUCAGUUGUUGGAGGAUUUAUAUUUGUGAGCUUGACAGCCAUUGACUAUACUCACAUGCUUCUUCAAGGUAACUUCAAGAACAGUACUAAACUUUACAUCACAACUAUUCCUGCUCGCACACCAGUCUUGGAUAUUGAUCGCUACAGAGUUGGCUUUUUCGUCGCUACAACAGUUGGCUUUUGCCUGCCCCUUCUCUGGCGCAUACGAGCCGUCACAAUGGAGAUAGAGUCGGGCCUUAAGGAUCUGCAAGAGGUCAUGGGUCUUCCGUCAAGCCUCUUCUGGCUGGGGCAUUUCCUUUCCGCCUGGGCUAUUUCUGUGCUUGAUUCAGCUUUCGCUAUUUUCGUGACUAUGGUUCCCAAGGCACAACCCGAGCCGGCUUCCCAAACGAAAGAAACAGAGCCUUCCAACGAAUAUGUUCAAGUCUACAAAUCCAGUUUCAACAGGACUACAUACCUCCGAAAUGCUGACCUAUCUCUCGUGAUAGCAUCAUUUGCUGCCUUCUCGAAUUGCCACACGCUAUUGGCACUUCUGAUUGCUUGCGCUUUCCCGCUAGGACGGUGGGCGAUGGUUAUCGCUUUUGGAACCUACUUUCUUCUCCCCUUGACUGACGGUGAGAAGCUUAGUUACCUUUUAGGUUCAAACCUGUGGGCAUACCUUACCAAGACAAAGGCAGAAAAACUACGCACCGCUUUUUAUCCGAACGUGGCCUUCGCUAGAAUCAUAAAGAUCAUUGGAAUCUUCGACGACUUCGAAGGAUCAGCUGGCUGGGACAUUACUGGCAAGUAUGCUGUGAAAAUGGACAGCGUGACCAUUAAUGAAAUGUUCUUCAUCCUCUUCACCACAACAUUUAUACUGGCCGUCAUGAUUGCGUAUAUAUCAAACGUUUCGCCUUGGACCACAACCAGACCCCAGCCCCUUCUUUUUCCUGUAAUGCCCAGUUAUUGGUUUUCACACCAAAUGGUGGUGGUUGCCGUUGGAGUGAACGAAACUGACAACGCCGAGCGGUUUGAAGCAGCGCCGAGCCUUGAUCCCAUAAUAGAGUGCAAGAAUCUGGUUAAGGUUUACGGCGGCAGUGCUGUCCUAAAGAACGUGAGCAUGACGAUCUACAAGUCCCAAGUGACCAUACUUUUAGGACACAACGGAGCGGGAAAAACAACGCUCAUGAGCAUCCUUACAGGUCUGGUCGAGCCUAACAGUGGAUUGGUGCUUGUUUCCGGUCAAGACAUAAGAACAGCAGGCUUCGAACGUAUGGGUUUCUGUCCCCAGUUUGACGCAUUUUUUACAGAUCUCACGGUUUCAGAACAACUAACAUACUUUGGUGCGAUAAGAGGACUGGAAAUUAGCUCAUUGCCCAAAAUAAUAGAAAAUCUGUUGCAGUCUGUGCGCCUUUCUGAGAAGGCACACGCGUUUCCUCAUGAACUUUCUGGUGGAAUGAAGCGAAGGCUGAGCAUCGCUUUGGCGCUUCUUACCAGCCCUGAGGUCUUGAUACUGGACGAACCAACGGCGGGUCUAGAUCCCGAGACGCGGCGAACUAUAUGGUCCCUCAUAAAUGAGCUUCGUGGCAAAGCAAGCAUACUGCUUUCCACGCACGACAUGGAAGAGGCUGAUGUUUUGGCCGACCGGAUCAUCGUGAUGUACAGCGGCAGUGUCGUCUGCUGGGGUUCGCCGAGCUUUCUCAAAAACGCCUGUGGUGUUGGCUACAAGCUGCGGAUUCUCAAGGAACAAAAAGCCUUCAAAUCUGAAGGUGUCCUUGCUGUGGUGAAGAAAGUAGCGCCUCAAGCUGCUAUUGCUGAAGAGAAGGAAAAUGAAGCAAUCAUUGCUCUAAACACCAUGCGCAGAGACGGCUUUGCGGCUAUGUUAUUGGAGCUUGAAAAUGGGAGCAAGAAGCUAGGUAUUAGGAGCAUUGGAGUAACGGUGGCCACAAUGAAGGACGCGUAUGUCAAAAUAUACAAGGAGUGGGCUGGAGACGAAAAAGCCAUGCCAAUUGAGGACGUAGGGGUGUAA